GCUAAGCACCCGGCCGUAGGGGAGGGAGCCGCAGCAGCCCUCGGGAGGGAAGGUGACAGCCCGGCAGCAUGAAGUUCCAGUACAAGGAAGACCACCCGUUCGAGUACAGGAAAAAAGAGGGGGAGAAAAUCAGGAAGAAAUAUCCCGACAGAGUCCCUGUAAUUGUGGAAAAAGCACCAAAAGCCAGAGUACCCGACCUAGACAAAAGGAAGUAUCUUGUGCCUUCUGACCUCACAGUUGGCCAAUUCUACUUCUUAAUCCGAAAGCGGAUCCACCUGAGGCCAGAAGAUGCCCUGUUCUUCUUUGUCAAUAACACCAUCCCUCCCACCAGUGCUACCAUGGGCCAGCUGUAUGAGGAUAACCACGAAGAGGACUAUUUUCUCUAUGUGGCCUACAGCGAUGAGAGCGUCUAUGGCAAAACUGAGGAUGGCAGAAGUCCUGUGGGUUUAGCCUUCCCUUCCAUGUCUCAUCGCUGUACAGCUCUUGCACCACAUGCACAAGCGGAAGAAAUCAGUCGCUCCCACGUGUGUUUUGCUGGCUUGUUGUGAUUGGAAAACAGUGCCACUCUUCACCACAAGAGAGGUCCUUUUAGACUCGAAGGGGAAGGGGAAUAGAUUCUCUGUAGAUUAUUUUUUUUAAAUUAUUUUAUUUUAAGCCAGUGUUGUUCUUAGAAAGGUGCCAGAUAGACGCUGUCCUGUGCAAGCCUUAUGCUGUCAUGCCAAAGCAGUUUCUUCCCUGUGGCACAAACAGCAGAUUGUCCCAUAACUGCCAUAACUCUGAUGAAGGGAUAGGGUUUGGGGAGUGAGCUUUCAGGAAAAUUCUGGGUUUUUAUCUAAAAAUCAGAGAACUGGACCUGAAUUACUGUAAACAUUCCUACAUUUAAGGGAGGGACCAAGAGGGAGGAAAAGACAAGAAGGAUGAAGAAGACAGGCAGAUUCCAAAACAAGUUGAGGGUGUUUGUUCUAUUUACAUGAAGUUAGAUCCCAGUUCUCUGCAUUCCUUAGGAAUGAGAAGUCAAGAUGAGUGCUCCUCUGAUUGUGGGAGACAGGAAAUCAGGUUUCAGCCUUCUCUGACAGUUGUUCCACAGAGGUACACGAGGCAGAAGAGCAGGCUGGGAGCGUGAAGUGGGAGUCACUGGCAGAACUGUGCAAAGGUCAGGGAAGGCAGCGUAGUGGGGCAGGAGGGUCACUGCCUGUGUGGUAUGGGAAGUAGCAGAAGAAUGGGAGAGAAAGAAGGGAGCGCAAAGGAUGUAGACAGAGGAGUCCUAAUGGGCAGACAGAAAAUGGGGAAACAAAGGAUGAAAUGAGUGGGUUAGUAUUCCCCAGUUUUUCAUCCUGAACUUCAGCUUGCUGUUCCAUCAUGUGCUCAUCUGGAAUAAAUGCAUUUGGAUGAGUUGUACCUACUGCCAACUUAGAUAACUUCAGUUUCUACCCGCAGUGCUCAGUCGUCUCUUUUUGGCCCACUCUCCUCCAAUUAUCAGGUUCUUUUCAAUCCUUUAGGUGCAAAUCCACAUCAGUCUCUUGUUUUUGGAAGCUCUGAAUGUUCUGAAGCAGAGAACAGACCCAGGAGACUUUCUAGGGUAAAAGACAAGAUGCAGGCAGAUGGUAUGCAUCUCUCUGCCACUGUCCCACUUGCUCACAGCACGUGGUUGUGUGUUGUCUCUAAUGAGCCUGUGCUUAGGCACACUCAGGGGAGAAAGAGUUGGCAUCUGGGGUGCUUGGUUUUGUGUUCAGACCUCCCCUCCCCUCCCGCUGCUGGGUUUAUAAGUGAUAUGUGUGGGACUAAUCUCAGCCGUUUGUUACAUGUAGGGUUUACAGUUUAAUUUAGUUAUUUUACGGUUCUUUUAACUGGAUUGUGACAUUUACUUCUGUUUUUGCGCUAGUCCGGUAUUGUACGAGGUAAUGAUGGUAAUUCUUUUUUGUGUUGGUUAGCUGCAGGUUCUUGUAAAAUAAAGUUCAUACUACUUCAGCUAAAUCAACCAAUCAAUAAAGAUGCAUUUGAAAAUCACAGGCUUGGUCCAAAAUGGGUGACUGUAGCAUUUCUCCCCACAUGUGUGCGUGUAAAUAAAGGCGCAGCUUUGUCA